UGCUUUGCUGUAGAGUCUCCGUUACCAAGGGCAAUAAUGUUACACGCCUUAUCGGGCCAGAGCUCAACUUUAUCUCCCACACAGCUCCUCUCUCUAUCUUCAGCUCCAGACAACGGAAAAGGGCGGCGCGCUGGACUAACCGAAGGAUGGCACAUGCAACGUAGUGGACACCUCAUCUGAGAGCCCCAAGUGUCUGGAUUCAUACUAUGACAUUGCUUGCAGCUGUGUGUGUAUGUGAGUGAGACACGUUCCUGGGCUGGUGAGGCUGGAGGUUAGCUGCACUCUAUUUUUUGUGAGAGGUGGAGGAAGCUGCAUGAUUCUUUGAGGAUGAAUCGCUACACCACCCUGAAGCAGCUGGGGGAUGGCACCUAUGGCAGCGUGCUGAUGGGCAAGAGCAACGAGUCUGGGGAACUGGUGGCCAUAAAAAGAAUGAAGAGGAAGUUCUAUUCCUGGGAGGAAUGUAUGAACCUGAGAGAAGUGAAGUCACUAAAGAAGCUAAAUCAUGCCAACGUUGUAAAACUAAAGGAAGUCAUCAGGGAAAACGACCACUUGUACUUCGUCUUUGAGUACAUGAAGGAGAACCUCUACCAGCUGAUGAAAGACAGGGAAAACAAGAUGUUCACUGAAAAUGAGAUAAGGAACAUCAUGUUUCAGGUGCUAUCUGGUUUGGCAUUUGUGCACAAGCAUGGGUUUUUUCAUCGGGAUAUGAAACCAGAAAAUCUGCUGUGCAUGGGUCCUGAAUUGGUGAAAAUAGCAGACUUUGGUCUGGCCAGAGAGACUCGCUCACGGCCUCCCUACACAGACUAUGUCUCCACCAGAUGGUAUCGAGCUCCAGAGGUCCUUCUGAGAUCAUCUAUGUACAGUUCACCGAUAGACAUGUGGGCAGUGGGCUGUAUCAUGGCAGAGCUCUACACCUUACGACCUCUUUUCCCUGGCAACAGCGAGGUUGAUGAGAUCUUCAAAAUCUGUCAAGUUCUUGGUACAGUCAAGAAGACAGAUUGGCCAGAGGGCUAUCAGCUGGCUGCCGCAAUGAACUUCCGUUUCCCUCAGUGUGUGCCCACACCUCUGAAGACCCUCAUCCCCAAUGCCAGCAAUGAGGCAUUAACGUUAAUGAAAGACCUCUUGCAGUGGGACCCCAAAAAGAGGCCAACAGCUGUUCAGGCAUUGCGGUACCCCUACUUCCAAGUGGGCCAGGUUCUUGGCCCUCGGACACAGACUCCUGACCUACGCAAGCCACAGAUGAAACCAGCACAGCCCACUGAGCCCAAACCUGAACUGCAGUCUGCCUCAGAACCUGCAUUACGCUCUCAGGCCAAGGCCCAGGGGAGAAGCUUCCAUCAGCCACUGCAACAGAUCCCCCUGCCCCAGGCAGAAUGCCAAGCUGAGCCUCUACCACUUAACACACAAAAGAGGCCUGUGGGAAAUGAGAAUAGCUUGGCUGGGCUGAAAAGUGGAAGAAGACGCUGGGGGCAGACAAAGCCCACUGACAGCUGGGACGAAUCAGAUCACUCAGACACUGCUGCGUCUAUUUCCAAGAAACCCAGCAUGGGCAUAGAAGAGGACAAACCCAACAAGGAGUUCAUUUCUCAGCCAAAGGAACAAAAACCUCUUUAUACUUUUACCACUGUGACAAAACUACCCAGCAACAUCAAAACGAAUCAUUCAGACUCCAAUCUUCAAAACACCUCUUCAGCCAGACAGCAUUACCUCCGUCAGUCAAGAUACCUUCCGGGCCUGAUUAGUAAGAGCACACCGUCCGCUGCGGAGAAGGAGUCUCAGAGAGAGAACAUAUCUAACCUAUCCAACAAAUCACUCGCACCUGUUGGACUAGCACCAGUUACCCGAGUCAGUCCAGAAGCAGAAGAGAGCAGCGCUAAAGCCUCAGAUAAGCCCAGAGAAAGGAUACUAGAGAAAAUUGAACAGCCCAAAGGAAACUUUAUCAGCACCACAUACAAUCUGUCUGGAGGAUAUAUCCCAUCUUUCCAGAAGAAAGAAGUUGGGUCAGUUGGCCAGAGGAUCCAGCUUGCACCACUUGGAAAUCAGCAUGCACUUGAUCUUUCUACCUCUGCUGAUUCUAAAACUGGCAAAACAAAAUCGUCAAAGCCAAAGCCAGCUGCUUCCACUUCACUGAAUGAGAGUGCUGAAGAUUUUGAUGGGUGGAAAAGGAGAGCAGAGAGAACUCAGGUCAAAGGACAAAGUUACUCAGCCUUGGGGAAAAACUCUGCAAACUUGCUCCCUCGUGCGGCUCCUGUCCAACCCGUCCACGGUCGAGUGGACUGGGCAGCGAAGUACGGAAACCACCGGUAGCACAUCUUCAAAUUAGCUCGAGUGGUUGGAAGGGUACCUACGCGGACUGAAGCCGGGCCUUGUUACAGCUCUGCUAAUUACUGAGUAAAAUCUGAUGCCGUUGAGGAGCUGCUAAAUCACUGUGCAAAGUUUCUUAGUGGGACAUGCGGGAUGUCCUCACACCACGACACCGUGAUAUCCAGGUGAAAUGACAAUCUCACAAGUUCAUUAUUAAAAUGUGCUUUAAUUAUACAGUGGGCUUUAUAAGAGUCCUAAGGGCCUCUGCUAAUUGAUAACACCACUGACUGAAUCUUCAUUAAUGGAUGUGUCUGUGGUUAGAUGGUUAGGGCAGAUUUUGGGCUUUUUAUGGUCCGGAGCCCAAUGUGCUGUGAUUAGUUGAGCUUAUAGCCAUGAAAGUUAAAGAUGUUACAAUUUCUUAAGGUUAGGACAAAACGGUUUUAAAUAAUAGUGUUUGAAGGAUUUUGUAUUUAUUAUCUUUUCCUUUUUUUGCUACAUAUGACUGUUUUUUGUAGGAAAUGGUUCACUUUUUUGUAAUAAUUAAGAUUCGAGAUAAAAGCUGUAAAAUAA